GCUGAGGGGGCCGCCGUGACGGUGAGUCCUCCCGGCGGCGGGGGGCGCUCUGCCGGGCCCUCCGUCCACCCGGGUGCCGGUGGGCAGGUGCCUUCGCCCGGGCAGGAGCCGGUGGUACACCGCGGGGCCUCGGCUGACAGGAGCCGGAUGGAGCCUGAGACGAGUCGUAGCGUUUCCAUGAGGCGUGCCCAGCCCGCGCUGUGGAUUAAUCACAUUUCUGGCAACUCGAGAGGAACAUGCCUGACCCAUCGAAGGGAGUGGCAGCACGAGUAACACAAGUUCCUGCAGCAUUUCCUGACAGCUUUGAGUUCGAUGUGGAAAUCCGGAGACUUGAGUGUGUGAAGUAGACAGACGGUGCAGUUGGUCAGAUCGUAGCUCAGCAUCGGUACAGCACCAGCGGUCACAGAGGUGUAGUGCACGGGUCUGUAUAUUGGGCAGCAGUUCACUGAGGAGAUGGCCGUUACAGAAGAUGGUUCAGGUGUAGCCAUGACUGAGGAGAAUAUCCCCCAGCUUGUGGAUUAUUUUGUGGUGGCCGGUCUGACUGACACCUCCAAACCCCUGGAAGAGGGCACCUCGAAACUGGCACGGCCUGUCGAGCCCAUCGCUGACGUGGCUAUCAUCAUCCGCUCGCAGGGUGAGGAGGUACCUGAGGGAUUCACCUGCAUCGAGACCACUCCAUCAGGACAGUCUGCUGAUCUCAACUGUGGCCUCCUCAGCACCUCACACAUGUUCCUGUGUUACAGGCGCAGCAGAGAGAAGUUACCACUCAUCGACCUCGGGGUCCUGUGUGAGGGCAAAGAGAGACUGAAGCCGGGAUGCAGCGUCAUCGAGACCACUCCAUACAGUCGGGCAGCCCAUAUCAGUGGAGGAGGUACGAGCCUUCAGCAGCGUACCUUCAUCACGUACCGCAGAGCCACAGAGUGCCAGGCACACAGCACGUUGGCGGUGACUGACAUCUGUAUCAUCAUGCCGAGCAAGGGCGAAGUGCCCCCACACACCUUCUGCAAGGUGGACAAGAACCUCAACGCUGGAGUGUGGGGUCCAGGAAUCUAUCUGUGCUACAAGAAAUCAAUGGCGAAGGGGACAGCUCUGGCAUACGAAGCAGGUUUGAUCAGCCGUUAUCCAGGCACUGAUGCUGAGUCCUUUCCCCUGCCUGACACCGUGCCAGUCUUCUGUCUGCCAAUGGGUGCUACCAUUGAAAGCUGGCCAGCACAGCCCAAGUACCAACUGCCUGUCUUUUCAACAUUUGUCCUGACCGCUGGCACAGGGGAGAAGGUUUAUGGAGCUGCGAUCCAGUUUUUUGAAGGUUAUAGCCGGGAGAAGCUGACGGAGAGGCAGUGCCUGAGUCUCGGAUUACUGAGUCUGAUCGAUCGUAGACCAAUUCACACCAAAUCCAUCCAGACCAAGAAGAGCAUCUGUGUCCUCUCUCAUUGGCCCUUCUUUGACGUGUUCCAGAAGUUUCUAACCUUUGUGUAUCGCUACUCCAUAUCCGGACCCCAUGUAUUGCCCAUUGAGAAGCACAUUUCGAAUUUCUUGCACAAUGUUCCUUUUCCGUCACCUCAGAGACCUCGAAUCCUUGUCCAGCUUUCUCCAUAUGAUAACUUGCUGAUUUGUCAGCCUGUGACCUCGCCACUCUUACUGAGUGGUGCCAGUUAUUUCACUCUGCUGCAGAACCUGGGGGCUGAGAACACUGUUACCCUGCUGCUCACCGUCCUGACUGAGCACAAACUACUGAUUCACUCGCUCCGACCUGCUGUGCUGACCAGUGUGUGUGAGGCCCUGGUCUCGAUGAUCUUUCCGUUCCGUUGGCAGUGCCCGUACAUUCCACUGUGCCCGCUCAACCUGGCAGAUGUGUUGAGUGCGCCCGUCCCCUUCAUCGUGGGCGUGCACUCCAGCUACUUCGAGCUCUACGACUUACCCCAUGAUGUGCUCUGUGUCGAUCUGGACACCAACACCAUUACGCAGAAUGAGUAUAAGAAGAGUCUAACCCUGCGAGCGUUCCCACGGAAACCGUGCAAGGUGCUGCUGAACUCCUUGAACCUGUUAUACCAGCAGCUGGAUGAAUUGUACAACAAGCCAGCAGAAGAGGCCACGCUGGAGUUUCUCUUGACUGACUAUGAUUUGAUCUAUGGGCGUAGGAAACAGCUGGAGCUGGAGAUCCAGGAAGCUUUCCUGCGCUUUAUGGCCUGCACUCUGAAGGGCUAUCGCUCCUACCUCAUGCCCAUCACACAAGCCCCCUCGGAGACCACCACUGACUCGAGUUCCCUCUUCAACCUGCAGGGGUUCCUGAAAAGCCGGGAUCGAGCAAACCAGAAGUUCUACGCGUUGCUGACCAAGACCCAGCUCUUCUCCCAGUUCAUCGAGGAGUGCUCCUUCGUCAGCGACCGGCAGUCUAGUCUCGAGUUCUUCGACGGGUGCGUUGAGAAGGUGGAUGUGGAGAAACUGGACACGGUGCGCCUGAUCGAGUUGGAUGAAUCCCAGCGGAGCGAGCACACUGUUUUCAUCAUGCCUCCUGAGGUCCCCCAGACUCCAGACGGCAAGGAGCCCCCGCGCUUGUACAGCUAUGAUGGGUUCCCACUGCUGAAAGCUGAGCUAUUCGAUAGGCCACAGGAUCUGCUGAAAACCUCUCAGUUCCUGAACCAGCCGAGGAACAGUGCUCCGAGCAGCCCAGCACCUCGGAGGACCAAACAGGAGAUGAAAUCGGCGCAGAAAAUCGCUCAGAAGUAUUCCCUGGUGCCUGAUAUGUGGGCCAAGUGCCUCCUGGGUCAGUGUUACGCUCUCUGGUUCAUCUAUCUCCCGACCCAUGUGCGUGCCUCCCCACUCAAGGUCCGUGCUUUGCAAACUGCUUAUGACCUGCUGAAGAAGAUGGAGACCCGGAAGGUGGUGCUGCCAGAUGAGAUGUGCCAUCGGAUCCUAAUGCAGAUGUGUGGACAGUACGGGGAGCCUGUGCUCGCAGUCCGGGUCCUACACGAGAUGAAGAAGGCUGGCAUCACACCAAACGCUGUUACCUAUGGCUACUACAACAAGGCUGUCCUGGAGAGUAAAUGGCCGUCCAGUAACCAGGGGGGACGACUGCGAUGGGCAAAGCUUCGGAAUGUGGUUCUGGCCCUGGCUCAGUUCCGGCGGCCCCUGAGAGAGAGGCAGCUGCUGCAGUCUGGGCCCCGGAGCCUGCUGGAACGAUCCCAGGAGGAGUCUUUGCGGCGUGCACCGAAGACCCAACUCCAGCGGCACACCACCUGGGCCGGGAGGAGUACCAGCGUCGAGAGCUGGCACAGUCUGGGCUCUCCCCUGGUCAAGAGCCGGAGCACCAGCUGCACCCGUUCUGGGGCGGGUGCCCGGCGGGACGACAGAGCCUCUGAGUGCCAGAGCCGGGCAUCGUCUGCGGAGCGCCCAGCCCGGAGGGGGCUGCUUCGAGGCCUUCCCCGCACUGCCAGGCCUGCCCCUUCGCCAGCGCCCGCCUGCCUGUGCCUCCAGCCGGAUACCCCAGCCCAGGGCGGCCUCCAACCCAGCAGGUCCUCGGAGGCGCUGGAUCCACGGCGCAGUCCGAAGGGCUCCCGGAGGUGGGGGCUGAGGGAUUCCGGCCGCGAUCGGAGACGGCGGUCCGGCCACAGGAAGCUCGACGAGAACUGCAACAACGUGUCGGCCUUGCCCCGCGGUCUCUCGGAGAAGUUCCACAGCCUGCUGACCUCGGCUUCGAACAGGCGGCCGGUCUCCCAGCCCAGCCUUGGCUCAGAGCACGGGGGCUCAUCUGCCUCUGACCUCACAAACUCCUCCGAGAACCUGGGCCAGCCACCAGCUAGGGACAGCGACGGCGAGGAUUGGACCUCGGCCACAGAUGAUCGGGAAUCAGCCGACUUUGACUCUUCUGCUUCUGACCUCCGAGACACGUGUGAUUCCCGAUCCUGGGCAUCAUCCGCAAGCCUGCAAACAGCCACCAUUCAGGUUGUCCUGUCCAGCUGUUCCUUCUGUACAAGCUGUGCCUCCCUGGUGUAUGAUGAGGAGAUCAUGGCUGGCUGGUCUGCUGAUGACUCCAACCUGAACACCACCUGUCCAUUCUGUGCUCGCUCCUUCCUGCCACUGCUUAACAUCGAGAUCUAUGAGCCCCAACUCCAGCAACCAAGUUCCCGGGAAGGCUCGGUCAGUACUGCCAGUUUUCAGCUACCCCUGACCGAUCACCACGGGAGUGUCGUGUCGUCCAGCAGCACCCAGUCCCCUGUGCUGAGUGACCGCAGCCAGAUCCUGGGUGAGGAAGAGACCGAGGCGGAUUACCUGGCCAAGUGGAGCAGCACUCUGAGUUGGUUGGGAACCUGGCGCCGGGAACUGAGUCCCGAGCGAGUCCGGGUGGCCUAUGUCAGCCCCUUGGUGCUGAGGAAGGAGCUGGAGAGCCUGAUGGAGAACGAAGGAGACUCGGUGCUGUCUCAGGGAGAAUUCGUUGAUAGCCAUCCCAUAAUAUUCUGGAACCUGGUUUGGUAUUUCCACCGUCUUGAGCUUCCCCACAAUCUCCUUCGCCUGAUACUGACAUCGCAGCACGUUCGAUCCCAGUCCCAGGAUCUGCCUUUGUGGAUGUUGCAUGGCAACACACUCCUGCGAGUCCGGAUCCUGUGGGAUGUCCUGACGUUGGACCCUGACCAGUGUCCACCCCUCUAUGUUCUGUGGCGAAUGUACAGUCAAAUGCCCAUGCACCAGUGGCGGACAGUGAGCCAGCCCUUUACCCUAGCUUUCCUGGAGGAAGUGGUCCGCUAUGUUGGUUUAAAUGAGGUGCACAAAGCCAUCGGGCUGAUUGUGGAGACAGCCCAGCCACCAUUGCAGAGGAGUCUGUACAGAGAGAUCCUCUUCCUGACCAUGGCUGCAUUGGGGAAGGACAACAUGGACAUCGGUAUAUUUGACAAGAGAUACCGGGCUGCCUGUUCCCGCCUGACUAGCUCCUGGAGCUCAGUGCAGCUGAAGCAAUAUCACGUUUUGCCUCCAAGUGCCAAGGCCAUUGACUGCCGGAAAACCUUUGGAGCCCUGUUGGAAUGCUGAUGUUAGGCUGCACUCAGGCAGCAGCCCCAAGUACAGCCUGCUGGCUGUCCGGAUGUCUUCUGUCUGUCUCUGUAUAUAAAUGCCCCUGUGAAAAUUGCACUGUGGUGUUGCAGCCCAUGCACACCCUGUAAAUACGAUGGUAUUUAACACUGUACAAUGUGGUGAGCCAGCAAGGAGUGCGAAUUGUGUCUGAUAUGAAGCAAAAUAAUGUCCUGGAAGAGAAAUUAUUUUUACAGUCAAAGUAUAUGAUCCAGUCUGGAAGCUUGGGGUGUGGCUGUGUGUGAGAGUGAGUGAGUGAGAGAGACGGGAGUGUGUGGAGACGGUCUUCUGUCAAACAGGCUUCAGUUUGUGAGUUUAACAUGGUCUUAAAAUCUGUGCCAGCCACAGGAAGUGAUUUUAGUUGGUGGUCAGUGUCCUGCUGUUGUUUAAUUUUGUUAUUUAGUUUGUCAGUUUGACUUGUCGAGACUUGUGCUGUGUCAGACUCAUCAGAGCGAGGGGAGAUGGUGUGAGGUUGGCUCUUUUGAGGUGUUCCUCUCUCCAGUUUGUUGUACAGCUCUCCAGAGUCCCCUGACCUGACUGGACUCUGACCCGAAUGGCCUGGCUCCAAUUUUAAGGAUGACUCCCCCCCACCCCACUGCUCCCUUGCCCUUCUCCCUCAGUCUCCACCUUUGUGCUUCCUUCCCUCUCACACUUUCCCCCCUCCAUUACCCUCAUUCUCUCUCUCCCUCUCUCUCUGUUCCCCUUCCUCUCUCUCUGUUCCCCUUCCCCCUCUCUCUCUGCACCCCUCUUUCCCCCUUCCCCUUCCACCCCCCCCCCCCCAUCUCUCUCUCCCUCCCUCCCCUCCCACUCUCUUUCCUCCUCCCCUCUUCCCUCUAAGGGAAGGGGGAGAAAGACCCUCAGCAACCAAGGCUGGAACUCAUUGAUUGGGGCUGUGGGGAGGGGAGUCAGGGCAGGCUGCAUGACAGGGUGUGAUGGAUCGGAUUGGGGUUACUUACACGGAGACAUGGAUGUUGGGUGGAUGCUCUGACACCUUUAUAUUGCACAUGCUUCAUCUGAGAGGCACUGCGUAUUGCAAAACAGUAUUUAUUUCACUAAAAAGCCAUGUCAGUGCUGCUAUUGCUGCUGUGUGUUGUAUAAAUAUUUCCUGAGGUGUGUGAGUGUGAGUGUGAGAGAGUCAGCAAACGUGUAACUGUGAAGGAGGUUCAGGAUGGAGCUACCAGACUUGACCCUGCAAGUUACUGCCUUACCCUAUCCUUUUCUCCUACCCUGGGGCUUCUCGUCCUCCAGGGCUGCUGUCCUUGCCCCUGAGGAGCUGCCCCAUGCCCACUGGUUGGAGGAGAAGUUAGUUAAAGUGAGGCAGGCCAUUUAGCCCAUCCUCACUUCCCCGCCCACCAUCACUGGAGGGUGACUGUUAGAUGAGAGGGAUCCUGUACCCCAGAGAGAGUCAGCCCCUUCAGGAGAGGGAGGGGAACCCCGUAUCCCAGUGAGAGUCAGCCCCUUCAGGAGGGGGAGGGGGACCCUGUACCCCAGUGAGGGUCAGCCCCUUCAGGAGGGGGAGGGGGACCCUGUACCCCAGUGAGGAUCAGCCCCUUCAGGAGAGGGAGGGAGACCCCGUACCCCAGUGAGAGUCAGCCCCUUCAGGAGAGGGAGGGAGACCCCGUAUCCCUGUGAGAGCCAGCCCCUUCAGGAGGGGGAGGGGGACCCUGUACCCCAGUGAGAGAGGGUCAGCCCCUUCAGGAGGGGGAGGGUGACCCCGUACCCCAGUGAGAGACAGCCCCUUCAGGAGAGGGAGGGGGACCACGUACCCCAAUGAGAGUCAGCCCCUUCAGGAGAAGGAGGGAGACCCCGUACCCCAGUAAGAGACAGCCCCUUCAGGAGAGGGAGGGGGACCAGGGAGAGUCCUCACCUUCAGGAGAAGUGAAGAAAAUAAUUUUAUUAAUCUUUCCAGUAAAGGAGAGGUAGGUUGGAGUCCACUGGCCCUUUGAAGGGUAGUAUGUCGGUUAUAGAUCAUUAAACGUUGCUCAAAUAGGAAAUGUUGGGCAAUCCCAAUUGUGGGUAUUUUAAGGUUUACAGUGUCCCAGGCACAUACUGUUUGUGAUGGUCUGGCAUACACUAUCCUGCACAUAGACUGAUUGCGUGGUGUUGUAUUAUGCAGUGCUCUGGGCACUGAUUUCUACUGCGAUGUGCGCUUUGUUCUGUUUUAUCUGUGAAACUGCUACUGAUAGUCUACACUGUACAGAGCCACUUGCUGAUCAGUAAAUCCUGGGCGUUAAGGCCAUCUAUCA